CUCCUCUUCAUCCUCUUCUCCCCUGUUUCCCUUGUCCCUACACAAAACACCACCUCCAUAAAGCCACUUUUAUCGAUUGUUAAGCAUACCGCCAUCGAACUCCUCGCAAGAUGACAUUCAACAUUCCCGACGCGAGAUCCCUUUUCCCAGCUCUGAACCAGGAACAAGUCUUCCUUGACAACGCAGGAGGCAGCCAAGUGCUUGCCUCGGUCAUUGAAUCAAUCACAACUUAUCUCUCGACGACCAACGUUCAAUUGGGCGCCACAUACAAAACAGCCAAAGCGUCGACCGCCGCCUACAGCCACGGUUACGAAGCGGCAGCCAAGUUCAUAAACGCGAAGCCUGAAGAGAUCUGCCUGGGUGUAUCAACCACACAGCUACUCCACAACCUAUCGACCGCCCUCGACUUUCAGCCAGGAGAUGAGCUUAUUAUAUCCAAGUUGAACCACGAGGCCAAUUCCGCGCCCUGGAAUCGGAUCGCGCAACGCCUCAGACUGACAGUCAAGUGGUGGUCGGCAUCCGAUAGGCAUAAUCCCACCUGCGACCUUGAGGAGUUAAAAGCAUUGCUGUCGGAGAGGACGAGGCUUGUGGCGUUUCCCCAUGCCUCUAACAUCACCGGCACCAUUAGCGACGUUAAACAGAUUGCCAAGAUAGUGCAUCAAUAUCCUCGAGCCCUAGUGUGCGUUGAUGGCGUCGCACUCGCCCCACACCGACAAGUGGAUGUCAUAGACUUGGAUGUUGAUUUCUAUGCAUUUUCAUGGUAUAAGGUCUACGGCCCUCAUAUCGCCCAGCUCUACGCGGCGUCGCGCAUCCAUGACCAAAUCAGCCCCUUGUGUCACUACUUCAAGAGCACCGAAACUCUAGAUUUGAAGCUCGGUCUAGCGUCGGCGAACUACGAGUUGGCACAGAGCAUCCCCCGUGUUGUGGAAUACUUUGGUUCUAAUAUAUCAGCAGCGUGGGACCAGAUUGCCACCUUCGAAGAGAAGCUGCAGGCGAUCCUUCUCGAUUAUCUGAAUGAAGAGGAGCGCAUCACACUCUACGGAGAGCCAUCAGCUAAGAAGGCGCUCCGGGUCCCUGUCAUCAGCUUUGUGGUCCAAGGAAUCAAGAGUCAGGCUUUUGUGGAAGAGGUCGAGAAGCGAUCGCCCUUUGGCUUCCGGAGCGGGCAUAUGUAUAGUCACCGCUUGAUCAAAGACAUCAUCGGGCUGGAAGAUGUCGAGGAUGGCGUCGUGCGGAUCAGUAUGCUGCACUAUAAUACUGAGGAGGAACUCACAUCGCUCGUCAAGGUGUUACGGGAGGUUGUUGCUACAUUAUAAGCUACCAUACAUCGCUAUGCUGUACAUAGAACCCGCCUCUCCACGAUCGAUUAUGAGCUUCCAUGAUACAUCCCAU